UUUACCAACGAGGGGCCAGUGCUGGCUGGAGGAAACACAUAGCUGUUUCCUGCCAGGUGAGAAGACCUGUGUAGUAGAGGCAGGGUGUGAAGGGAGAAAGGAGACACAAACAUCUAUUGUUUAAAGUCUAGGCCACUUCACUUUAACUUGGAUUGAUCAAGAUUCCGUUCAGGUUUUUCUCAUUUUGAAUCAGCUCAGGCUUCACCCAUCCCAGAAAUUUGGACGCCCCGGGGCUCCGCCCCAGCCUCUUCCAGCAUCGUCGUCAUGACAACCGCGUCCUCACGCCUUCCUUUCUCCUAGGCCAGGGUAGUCAUUCCUCAGCGUUUCCAUUGGCCAAAAGUUUGAAGUGGGCGUGUUCCGCUCGUUCGCAUUGGUGAAUUGAUAGUGUCGGUACCGGCCUACAUAUUCCCAUUGGCUGAUUGAUAAAAAGGGCGUGGUCUAUGGAUAGCAGUUGUGGGACGGGUGCGGGACGAGUGCACCGCACCUAGGAGGAAAGGAGGGAAAGUCCCAGCAUAUUUGGAAGGAUAAAGGUGAGGGGGUGUGUUACCUAGAGGAAGGGGGGGGGGGGAGUCAGGGCCAGUGCGAGGGGAAUGGGUGGGAAACGCAGAGAUGAUAUUUGGGAAUUCCUUGGACGUUUGUCCCGCAGAGCGAUGACUACACCAGCAGGCUCAGGCGCGGGCUUCGGCUCUGUGUCCUGGUGGGGCCUGUCUCCGGCGCUCGAUCUGCAAGCUGAGAGUGAGUCCCCCACCCCAAGACCACAUCUGUCACAGCGGCUACCGUCACAGCCUGACAGAUGGUCCUCCUAUGGCCCCAGACUCGCAGGCCAAUACAGAGCACGGGACCCCCGAGCUAGAUGUGCUGCUGCUGGGUUCCGUGGAUGGGCGCCAUCUGCUACGAACCCUGGCCCAGGCAGCGCUCUGGUCUCCCAGGAAGUUCCACUUCUACGUGCUGGAGAAUAAUCUGGAAGCUGUGGCCCGGCACAUGCUGUUCUUCAGCCUAGCCCUGGAGGACCCUGAGAAGAUGGGGCUGCAAGAGAGGAGCGAGGUCUUCCUGGAAGUGUGGGGGAACGCGCUGCUGCGCCCCUCGGUGGCCGCCUUCGUGCGCGCCCAGGCCGAACGCCUCGCACGCUUGGUUCCAGAGCCCGACCGCCUGGCGGAGCAGCUGCCCUGGCUCAGCCUGGGAUCCCUGAAGUUCCGUGAGCGUGACGCCCUGGAAGCCGUGUUCCGCUUCUGGGCCGGCGGGGAGAAGGGGCCCGAGACCUUCCCCAUGAGCCGCCUGUGGGACAUGAGGCUGCGCCACUACCUGGGCUCCCGCUACGACGCCCGGCGCGGUGUCAGCGACUGGGACCUGCACAUGAAGCUUCAUGACCGUGGGGCCCGAGUCAUCCACACCCGCGAGUUCAGGCGCUGGAGGGACACAGGCGUUGCCUUUGAACUAAGAGAUUCCAGCGCUUACCAGUUGCCCAACCGGACCCUGGCGUCCGGGCGCCUUCUGAGCCACCGUGGGGAGCGCGUGGCAGCGCGAGGGUACUGGGGGGACAUCGCCACGGGGCCCUUCGUAGCCUUCGGCAUUGAAACGGACGACGAGAGCCUCCUGCGGACUAGCAAUGGACAGCCGGUCAAGACUGCAGGCGAAAUCACGCAACACAAUGUGACGGAGCUGUUCCGAGCUAUGGCCGCCUGGGGGCACCCGAGCGCCGCCCCAAGAGACCCUGAUGAGGUUCCAGGCGAAAUAAACGGAGUUCAGGAGCCUGCAGCCUCCAGCCCAGGAUCCUUCACUGUCCACUUUCUGCCCCUCGGUUCCACCCAGACACUCCACCACAGGAGCUGCUACAAGGGUCGGUUCCAGCUUCUCUAUGUGGCCUGUGGGAUGGUUCAUCUUCUCAGUCCUGAGCUCGGGGUCUGCGUGGCCCCUGGAGGACGCCUGAUUGUGGAAUUAGCUCGGUACCUUGUGGACGUGAGGCAGGAGCAGCUUCAGGGGUUCCGUGACCGGGUUGGGGAACUGGCUCGGGCAGCUGGAUUUGCCCCACAGCCCGGGACCGGACCCUCGGAGAGCUUCGCGCGCUUCUACAAGUGUGAGGACUCUGCUCCCAUAGACGCAGCCGCGGAUUCCGGGAUUCUGCACGCUGAAACCCGGGCCCCGCCCCCAGAGUUACUGGUCCCGCCCCCUGAAGCAACAAAUUCUCUCUCUGAGGACCUGGCCCAGCCCCUGCAAGGUCAAAUUCCACUCUCUGAACCCCUUCAACUGCCCUCAGAGUCUCAGGCUUCACUUGAGGCUUUGGCUCCGCCCACAGGGAGUCAGACCCCCAAACCGGAGAGUCUGCCUGGACCUUCAGAGAUUAUGACAUCCUCCAUCUCUUAACUUCUAAAGUCAGGUCCUGGAAUCAGAACCCUUCUCCAGAACACUCUCCACGCUCUCACUCUGCCCCAGAGGCGUUGCUGGACUUCCAUUCCGUUUCUGAGAUUCUAUAUUCUGUCCCUAGAAUUCUCGGUGGGUUUCUCAGAUUUCUACGCUCCACUCCUGACACUCUAAAUGCAGACUAGAGGUCCGGCCCAGGUCUCAGGUCCCCUGAAUGGUUCCCAGACGUCCCAUUCCUCCUCACUGGGUGUUGGGGGAUGUCUCCUCUUCUGGUCCAAAUAAAGAUGGCGGCAUCUUCUUCUCUGUGUCCUUGUGUCCUGUCCUCAGUCCGUCUCCAGGGCAGAGCGGGAACGGGGAGGGGCCAGGAGAGGUCAAGAGAGGAGAGCCAAGACCAUAUUUCUGGUUUGCCAAGUGGACUACGAGUGGAUUUGCCAGUGCUGUCGCCUGAGUGCCUGGUCACGCCCCCCCCCCCCCAACCUGGAUCUUCAAAUAAAUCAACAAAAUUUACUCAAUGGAUAACCAGUUUGGGGCCCUGAAACUCACCAUAAGAUGAUGAAAAAGACAAAGCUCCAGCUCUCAUGGAGAUUGCAGUUUAGUGAGGGGAUGGGGCCAAGACUCCUGGGUC